UGCGCCGUUUGCGCUGGCCUCGCGGGUAGGGCACACCACGCGCCUGCGUACCCUUCGAGUCACUGAAGGAAUUCGUGAGCCGAAGUUCGGUGGUGUUGGCUGGAGCGGAAACUGCGGUUGUUCUCGUGAGAGAUUUUGGCUAAAAGGAGUUAAAACACUGACCUACCAUCAUGGCAGAUAUGUCAGCAGAAGACAUCACAAUGAGAGCCAACCAGGUCACAGAUGAAUCACUGGAAAGUACCCGAAGAAUGCUGCAGAUGGCUGAAGAGAGCAAGGAGACUGGUGUGAGAACACUAGGCAUGCUGGAUGAACAGGGAGAGCAAUUGAAUCGUAUUGAAGAAGGUCUGGAUCAUAUCAAUGAGGACAUGAAAGAUGCUGAGAAGAAUCUGACUAACUUGACUAAAUGUUGUGGUUUGUGCAUUUGUCCAUGUGACAGAGUUAAAAGCUUUGAGACAUCAGAUCAAUACAAGAAAACCUAUGGUGCCAACACAGACAGUUCCGAUAAGGUGAUAUCCAGUCAGCCUUAUAGUAAGCAAAAUGGGCAGCAGCAGUCCACUGGAACAGCACAGGGUCCAUACAUCAAAAGGAUUACAAAUGAUGCCCGGGAGGAUGAGAUGGAGGACAACUUGGACCAAGUGGGAAAUCUCAUUGGCAAUUUAAAGAAUAUGGCAGUGGACAUGGGCAAUGAAAUUGACAAGCAGAAUAAUCAGAUUGAUCGCAUCACAGAGAAGGCGGAUGUCAAUAGGUCGCGCAUUGAUGAUGCCAACCAGAGGGCCAACAAACUCAUUAAAAGCUAAUUGGCAAGAAGCUUCUUCUGGCUGACUACAUGAAUGUACAGGCAGCACCAGCAUUCAAUUUCAUGCCAUAUUUUUUCCCUUUAAAUUACAUUGUGUAUCAGUUUUCUUCUACUUCAAGGUUUACUCCGUUUACAUCUUUGGAAAUACAGGCCUUCCAAUAUGUUGGACACAUGAAAAACAGUAAAUGAGAUUAAUAAAUACAGCACAGGUAACUUCACAUGGUACAGAAAAACUCAACUGCAACAGGAGCAGAAAAUGAUGGUUUUACGCAAGCCAGAAAUGUCAAAGCUAGGCUGAGGGUAUACUAAAUGUACCAUACAUGUCCAGCAACAGUCUUCUGGUCAUUGUCAUUUAGUUUAGUACCAUGUAAAUUUGUUAUGUGAGGUAUCAAUAAUAUGGAUUCAAAUGUCAAAGCAGUGCUUGAUGAGAUAAGUGUUUAAGCAUUAGCAAACAUUCUAAAUUUUUUAUUAAGGUUGCUAAAAUUUUGGGUUCAGAGAUGAAUAUGUUCUUUUUUUAAUGAGUGUCCAUACAUCUAAUUGAAGGUUUAGAGUGUAAACCAUAUACCCAAUGCUGCAGGUAAAAUUUUAAUGCUUUUCUCAAAACUGUGAAAACGUUUUCUUUCUUUGCAGUGACUUGGUCAAAUAAAUGGGGAGCCUUCCUUUCUAAAAAAAAAUUAUAUGAAACCAUCUAGGCAGAGCACACUAUAAGUGGGGUUACCUAAAUAAUUGAUCACAAAAAAUAAGUGUUCCAGCAUUCCUGUAAUCCUGGAGGGCAUUGCAGGGUCCAGUAUAGUGUGCAUUCAUGUAGUUGUUUUGCACAGUAGUAAUAUUAGUAUUAAUAGUAAUCAGAAAAUAAUUCCUUGUUUUAGGAACUUCAUGGCAGAAAUGCUGGGCAAUAUGACUGGUUUACAUGAAGUCACAGAGAUUGUCAACAUUAUAUUUUAACUUGCAAGGCAAAUUCCAAAGAGAAACCAUAAGUUAAUGUAGAGUUUAGUAACUGAGUAACAUAAGAUUUUAGUAAAAUUAUUACUAUUAUAAUGAUCUCUGUGUCUCAGUAAUGAAUUGUAAUGUUUUCAGUAGCUCCACUCACUUUUUUGUAUAUGAAUGAAAAUGUUAUGUUUAUUGGCUAAGUAAGGUUUAAUGUUGCCUUGAGUUUUAAUGCAUUAUAUCUGAUGCAUGCAAUCGGAUCAGUGUGUGUUAGGAUGUCCUCUGAACUUGCAAGCUGUUGGAGAUGGCUACUUGCCUGGAUGUUUUUUGUUUCUUUUCUAAAAGGAAAGGAGUAAAGGGUGAAAACAACAAAUGAUUUACAAACUUAAUUUUACUAUGGCCAAAAUGGAGAAAAUGUGUGAAGGAAGCAUUUCUUGCUCUCUUUAAUGUCAGGUCAUCAUUGUAUUGAUUUUACAAUUAAAUGUAAAUUACAGGUUAGCUUCUAUGUUCUUGUUUUGUACCCGACUUCCAUAAUGUAUGAAGGGGAUAGAACCUUUAGUAUUUAUUCAUCUGAUGUUGACUGAUAAUUUAUGGUGUAUUUUGACUUUCUUGGUGAAAUUCCAUAUUCUUGGCAGGUAUCCCUGGUAUUUGCUUUGAGAGUGGAGUGGGGACUGCCACAAUUACUGUAACUUCAAAACAACAUUGUGGACUCAGGGGGAAUUUUACAACGAUAGUCUCUUUAUUGUUGUUUUCCUUCACCUACUUUAGCACAGCUUUAAUUCUGAAGUCACCAAAACAUAAUGACAGUGGGCACACUGGGCUUUAGUGGUGUUAUCGCUGGAUUUCAGGAGUCAUGAGCUUCUGGGGCUUCUUGCCUUUUGGUGCAAUGUCACCCUUGUUACAAGUCAGGGAUUAAAUAAUAAGGCGACUGUACUGUUCGCACAACUUGAUGCUGGUUCAUACCCCUUUAACUACAGGAAAAAAAGCAUCUGGGAUACUUUUGCACAACACUUUGUUCAUUAUUUUAUUCUUUCUUUUGCCUAUGUAUUAGCCAUCUUGUUUAAUGUCUGGCUUUGAUACAAGCACUUUCACAAAGUUAAGUUUUAUGUGCAUUUAUUAAUUGGUUUUGCAUGCACUCCUAUGUCCAUACAUUGGAACUGCUUAACUCUUGGCUUCACAUUCUGUAGCUGUAGUAAUACUUUGUCUGUCACAUCAAGUGCCUUUUUUCUCCUCUAAAUGUUCAAAUUGAGCCUCUUUUUCAGCCUUUUUAUUAUAUGCAGGGUUGUGUACAUUUUAAUAAAUUUCAAUAUCUUUGU